CGCGAACAUGGCGGCUGUCGCGGAUCCCGCGCUUACGCUCCCGCCGCGGGACGAGCCUGCGCCCGGCCCCGUCGCCCCCCGGGAGGACCUCCGGGUGCGCUGCACGUCCAGGCGGGCCGUGGCGGCGACGCUGGACCUGUGCGGCCGCUUCGUGCAGCAGCUUGGCGAAGCGCUGCCCGACGGCAUCCGGGAGCUGGCGGUGCGGGACGCGCAGUGGACCUUCGAAGCAGCUGUGCAGGAGAACGUCUGCAUUAAUGGGCAGGCCUGGCAGGAGGCAUGUGAGGCAGACAGCAGCUUUCAGGAUUCUGAUAUCAAAGUACUUGAAGAUCAGUUUGAUGAAAUCAUAGUAGACUUAGCCACAAAGCGUAAGCAGUAUCCCAGAAAGAUCAUCGAAUGUGUCAUCAAAAUCAUAAAAGCAAAACAAGAGAUUUUGAAGCGCUACCAGCCUGUGGUGCACCCUGCAGACCUGACCUUGCAGCCUGACCCAGCCUCGAGGAUAUUAAUACUGGAGCGCCGAGGAGAAACAGUGGCACAGGAGAUUGGUGAGGCCAUGAAGGCCCUGCCCUUGCUGAUCAAGCAGGGAGAAGGCUUUUCCCAGGUUCUGAAGAUGCAGCCACGGAUCCAUCUGCAGCCGGUGCACCAGGAAGUUUUCUCAGGUUCUUCUGGGCCAAAGCAGUUGGAGGCGACGCCCCCCGAGGCCAUCGCCCGCAAACCCUCCGACCUGGCACUGCCGCGCAAGAGGCCUGCCAGCUCCCCACAGCGCAAGCCCUACCCGCUGCGGCCCAGGCAGAUCCCACUGGACACCUGAGUGCAGUUGGGUGACAAGGGCAAGCAGCCUCUCUAGGCAUUGCAGUGCCAGGAUUGGAUGCAGAGCCUCAUCCCUGCAAGCCACAUGCUUGAUGGCCCAGCCUCAUCCCUUGGGAGGGAGAUGGGCAUUAGACACCCUCGCCCCAAAUGCUUGGGGGCUGAGGGCUGCCAUUUAGUACUGAGGGUAAAGCCAGCAAAGACUGUGACCAGUUCUUCUGGUCAUUUCCGACAGGUGUGUGACCUCUGCUUUCCUGGGUUCUUGCCUUGCUGUGGUCAAACUGAUGGAUACUUUGACUCUUCUCUUCACUUUUCACCGCCCCCUGCUAGUGCUGGCCACAGACCUACUGACCUCGGCUACUUCACACAUGGAAUAGUGACAGACCUGGCCUUGUCUGGGGGUCUGGCAACAUGGGGGCCCCGUAGCCACCAUGGGGGAGGGUUCCUGUAUGUAGCAACCCCUGCAGCCAAGUAGUCUCUUUCAGAAAAUCCUGCUAAUUUCUUGUUUUAUGGGACAAAGCAGACUACAGCUGUUCAAGACAUCAAAUGUUUGUAGCCUAUUUCUUGCUCACACUUGCCAAGAAUUUUCAACUUUUCAAUGUAAUUUGAAGAUGUAAGGUUUGGUCUCUGUGCAGCCAAUGCUCAAGCCAUGUACUCAAGGAUCACUUCUGGCCGUGCUUGGGUAUGCUGGGGUCUGCCUCGAGUAAGGACAGUGCCCUCCCCUGUACUGUCUCUUCAGACUUGGAUGGAAUGCUUCCUUUCAAGAGCCUGAGAGAGCACUGAGCAGGGACCAAGACACACACCCAAACCUCCCCCAGUUUACUUCUCAGAUCUCGCUGUUUGUUGAUGAUGCUGACAGCUAAAUCGACUUUAACACAUCCAGUCAGAUCAUGGAGGGUCAUUCUGAGCUGUCCUUUCCUGUGAGGUCUCUCCUGGGCCCAUGAAGCCAGAUCCAGAGAAAGUUCUAGACUAGCCACCUCUACUGCUCCCAUGGGCACAACCAUGGUUACUUCGAGGCUGUGGGGGUAUGGAGGCUGGAUAUUCCUGAACAUCCAAUUAGUUGUGUCCAGGGUCCUACAUUCCUCCUGGCAGGAGGCCCCUCAGAGCCAAAGAGCCCCAAAGCCAGGUCAUUGGGCCCAACUUUGUCCCCCACAGUUCAUGCCUAGAACCUAGUGUUUUAUGAGCUUGGGUCACUGAUCAGUCUGUAUCUCAGAGGCAGAAGAAUCUCUGCUGAAAGCUGUUCUGGACUGUGGAAUACUGUGACUAUAACACAGUGCUGGCUUGUUAGUACUGUAAAAUUCUGUGUGCAGUUUUUCA